AGCUUUAGAUUUUGCUCUCCUUGCUUAUAGGCGUUCUGUUUCAUAGCGUUCUGUUUCAUAGUGCCCAGGAUGACUGAAGGCCCAAUCUUGGGUGGCGUGGAAGCAUUUCUAUUUGACGUUUUUGGGACCGUAGUUGACUGGCGCGGAAGUCUUGCUGAGGGCCUGCGUAAUGCUAAUCCACACCUCGAAGAGGACUGGGGUGUUUUCGCCCAAGAGUGGAUCAAAGGCCACUAUAUCAAAUGUCGCGGUGUUGCGAGUGGAGGCCCUGGUGCGACCAGUGUCGACGUAUUACAUCGCGAAUAUCUUGAUGAGAUGCUGCAACACGAUCGAUGGGAGCACCUCGCUGACCAAUUGAGCGACACAAAACGUCAAGAGUUGACCCUGCUCUACCACAAGCUCAAUGGUUGGCCGGACACCACUGAAGGGCUUUACGCCCUGAAGAAGAAAGCCAUCAUCGGCAGUCUCUCAAACGGGAAUGCACGCCUGCUGGUCGACAUGGCGAAGCAUGCUGAUCUUCCUUGGGAUGUUGUACUAUCGGGAGAUAUUAUCGGGUCGUACAAGCCAAACCCGAAGAUGUACCUUACUGCGGCGCAGCUCCUUGGAUUGGAUCCUCAGAAGUGUUGUUUAGUGGCAGCUCACCUAUACGAUCUUCGGGCGGCCGCAAGCCAUGGAUUCCGAACAGUCUAUGUCAGAAGACCUACCGAGGACACCCUCGAGGAGCGAGAUAGUAUCCGAUCUAAGCAGGAUGGAGGAGAGAUGGCCCAUACGAGUACAACCUAGUCACAAAGGCUUGGCACUGCGAGCGGCGAUACACCGUGAUCUUUUGUGGCAGGCUUUGUGUGUGUCCAUCUCGAGUGGAGGGUCCUGAGUUUGCCUAGCUGCGUGAACGAAAUCGGCAGGAGCAGGAGACGUGGUGCAAUGGCGGCUUACAAUCUCUCAUUC